UAUCAUUCUUUACUCUUACUGAACUUGAGUAUUUGCAAAGAAAAUUUAUUUUUCUUCUAAAGCGCAAAAUGUUAGAUUCCACACACAUUACCCGACUAAUCAAAACUUUAAUGGAAGCUGAGGUGACUCGGGCCUACCCAGACAUUGGUUACCUGCUACUGCUUUCUAAAGUCUAAAGGGUUGGGUGAACAGGCCUACUUAAUCUCAGUGACUUCAUCUGUCUCCUGUAAUCAAGGCAGGCUGUAAUUGUUGGGCUUGUGAGAUUAUUGUGGCCAAGUGAAGGAAUGGGCUCUUGUUCCUAUAGGAGCUCACAACACCGACUGUGGAAUGUCAUACAAGUCAAGAGGACUAGGAUUUUAGGGGAUGGGUGGAUUGCUGAGAUUAAAUGGUAAUUUUUUGGGAUAAUCUGGAACUGGAUUCUAAUACACUUAGAACUUUAGCAAAAAAAAACUUAAUAUGCUUAUCUCAUUUGUUGUCCAUUUCAUAUUUCAAAAUCUGGAUGAUCUCGGGUUAAGAAGACAAGCUAGCAAGGAAAACUAGUUAACAUUGGUUCCCUUAAAUUACUAUUUGAAAGUCUAAGUUUUUUAAAAAUGGAUUUGACACCUGUGUGUGAAGUGAGCAACUAUGAUGAGACUGACAGAGUUGCAGCAAGUCCUGAUAUGGGAGAGGAGGGCUGGUGUAACCAACAUGAAGUGGAUACCCAUGCAUUGUUCAUGGCAAUUCAUAAUGGAGAUCUCGAUCAUAUGACAAGUUUGUUAACGCAAAAUCCAGAGCUGGUAAACUACAUAGAACAGGAUGGUUCGUCUCCACUACACGUAUCCUGCCAAGUCCAUCAUCUUGAAAUCAUGAAUUUGCUCCUUAAACAUGGUGCUGAGGUUGAAUUAUUUGACAACUCUGGAAAUUCUGCAUUACACGUGGCUGUGAAAGAAUGCUGGCAUGAUGGUAUCAAGGAACUGUUGGAUCAUGGGUCUUCUCCAAACGAAAUAAGCAGCCCUACAGGAAUAAGAGAGAGUUACAGGGAAACUCCCCUUCACACAGCAGUGCGACUUGGAGAUCUACAGUCAGUGUCAAUGCUUCUGCAAUACAGCCUUGACUUGAGUGUCAAAGACAGCAACAACAAUUCAGUGGUACAUUUGGCAGCAACUCUGCAUAGACCAGAACUGCUCGAGUUACUAGUCAAGGAACCAAAGUGUGCAUUUGAAAGUGACACUAAAAGCUCAGUUGACUAUACAGUGUUCCAUGCGGCCCUAAAUGAUUGCAAAGAUGUUGCUGACAGCAAAAUGGUCAAAGUAUUGGAACUGUUAUGGAGUGUAAGUCACGACAUCAACAAGGUCAAUUUAUUAGGAGAAAGUCCACUGUUUCUCGCUUGCCGGUCUGGAUUACCCAACGUUGUUAGUUUUCUUCUCUCCAAAGGCUGUGAUCCCAUGGCCAUCACUAAUGCAGGACAAUCAUCAUUACACAGUGCAUGUCAGGCAGGCUGUAGCACUACUUUGAAGCACCUGCUUUCCACUGGCCUUGUUAAUAAUCUAGUUACUAAAACAGAUAAUGAUAACAACUCACCCUUUUAUUUUGCUGCCCAAAGUUCAUCCAACGAAUGUUGUGAAAUUCUCCUUAAAAACGGUGCACAUUUGACAGAUAUGAAUGGGGGAGAUCAGACCAAUUGCUCUCUUAUUCUGGAAAGAGUUCCAUCUGCUUUGCAGUUACUUAGAAAGACAUUCGAUGCUCAUAUAUCACUUUGUGAGAAAAGUGAAAUGGACCCAGGCUUCAGCGUAAGUUUUGACUAUUCAGUACUUCUAUCUUCUAAGAAGGAAAAUAUCCAGAGUUCCAUAAUAUCUGAACUAAUUGGCUCUUCAGCAGAGCCUCUUAUAAAACACCCAUUACUUGAGGGUUUCCUGUUUAUUAAAUGGCGUCAUAUUAGUAGUUUUUUCUACUUUUACGUAACAUUGUUCCUUAUUUAUGUCCUAAUGCAUACCAGCUUUAUAUUUAUGACAUUUGGUGAAAAUCCAGUCAAUUGGUCAGAAAAUAUGGGUCUUUUGCUGGCAUAUCAAAUAUCACAUAUACAUCUUCUCCUACUUACCCUUAUUCCAGAUACCAUCAUUAUGUUUUCCAACUACCAGAAAUAUCUUUUACAAUGGGAAACUUACUCCAAGUUAAUUGCUCAUACAAGCUCUGUAAUUCUCGUAUUUCUGCCAGGAAUAAAACCUGUCAAUAUAACAGUUCUGCCAGUAAAUGAUACGCUUAUUAAUAGCGUGGCAAAUAUAACCAUAGAAGAUACAGAAGAGCUGUCUGUAGAGAGACAAGUUGCAUCUAUAUCCUCCUUCUUCAUCUGGGUCGAAUUCAUGUUGCUUUUAGGUAGAUUUCCCGAACUGGGUUCCUUUAUUCUUAUGUUCACACGUGUGGCAAAAUCAAUCAUUCGUUUCCUAAUGGCCUUCUUAAGCCUUAUAAUUGGAUUCUCUAUUAGUUUUUAUAUUUUGUUUCACAAAGUUCCAGUUUUUGCCAAUUAUCAAAUAAGUUUUGUUAAAAUCCUUAUGAUGAUGACAGGUGAAAUAGCUUACAGCGAGUUUGUCCUGGGCCAGGAGUUGUCUCUGAUCCAUCUUGUAUUCUUGACCUUGCUCAUGUUUAUGAUACCCGUUUUGCUCGCAAAUCUUCUUAUUGGACUUGCUGUCAAUGACUUGCCAAGUCUUAAAAGGCAAGGGAAAAUUAAGAGACUAGUAAAAGAAGCUACAUACCUUGUAGGCUAUGAAACAUUCUUAUCAUACACUCUCGAUAAAAGACUUUUCCCUAGACAGCUUCAUAAUUUUUUAACUUCCAAAAGCCGAAUAAAAAGUUUAGUUACAGUAAAGCCAAACCAAGUCAGUGUAGAUCCACUGGAUAAAUACAAUGUGCCGAGGGAAACGCUGUACGAAGCAAUCACCCUCGCAAAAUCCGAAAGUUCUUUAGAAGACUUUUCACACCAUUUCGAUGAUAUAGAGACGCUCUUCAAAACAUUCCAGGCUAAAUACAGUGCAGAUCUCAUGCAUCAAAACAAGAAAAUUCGAAAAAUUAUCGAUAUAUGUACAGUAAUGAAAGCACAGUUAGAUCAUUUACAACAAGACAUAAUGGAACAAAAAACCAAACCUAAAGAGAAAUAAAUAGCUAGACCAAUAAACAAGAACUAAGCAUGCACAAACUUUUAUAUACAGCUCUCACAAUUGAACAAAAUUUACCAAGAAUUUUAACUAAUUGCUUUCAAAUACAGCUGCUACAGGGGGAUGAAAUUCGAAUAUUACCAUUGUAAUAACACAUUCAAAGGAAGGCUUUAUAAACCAUUUGUCCAACAUUUUGCUGUGUGUACCAAAAUAACACUUAUUUUCACAUAUGACCUGCAAAAUUCAUAUAUGAAAAUAGAUUUGAAAUUAUUUCCUGAUGGGUUCUUCCUCAAAUAGUCCAACAGUGCUUCUUUUGGAUUUCGCUUUUACAAAACACCAAAUUCACAGUUGACAUAAAACAAAAAAUAUUCACAGCUGACAAAAACAUUAUGCAAGAUAUGGCUUAUGGAUUUCCUUUCUUGAAAUACACAUCUCUCUUAUAAGAUUGUUUUCUUGUAGCAUCCAACUUCAUCGCAUUCAUACUUGAUAAUCAGUCCAGUCCAUUUCAUCUUCGGUAUAGGACACUGAACAUACAGGUCUUUAGGUUCUCCCAACAUAUUCACUGAAAGAAGGCCUGGAAUGGAAUGCAAGAUGAAGCAUUAAAUGGACGAUAAAAAUUUUGGUGAACACUUUCUUUCAGAUCUAAACAAUCAGGUAACAACCAGUCUUUGAUAAAGUUUAGAUAUUUGAAGAUACUCUGAGCAAGGUAAAAUUCUCAUAAACAGAGCUCUCCAUUGGUCCUUACGUGCUAGUCUCUAUCAUGAAUGAUAUUCUGUCUGGUUAACCGUAGGGUUCUCUGCACUCAAUAUAGUUGCAUAUGCCACAUAUUAGUUUCAUGUCUGAAACUGAGGGUUUUCAUUCAGAGCAAUCCUGGGUCUGACAUACUUGAUAAUAGUUAAUUUAUUGCUAUGAUUUACAUAUGUAUUUUAUUAAUGUUAAGAAUCACCCGGUUGUGCCAGUGUAUGAGGUCUGCAAAGUCCAUGACCCAAGUAUCUAAAAGAAGUGUGUUCUCAUAGUGGUAUUAUCCUUCAGUAUUAUGAAGUUGCACCCCUGAAUUUUACAUAUAGUAAGUAUAUUUCACUGUCUUAUUUUGAGAUUGAACAGAGCAGUGUAUCUCACAUGACAUCUCUAUAUAUUUGCUCAUAAAUACAUCCAGGGGUUGCUGCUGAUCUUAGUUCUUAUCUUUUAAGGUAGUAUGUCAGUUAUAAUUGCAAUUUUGCAAAGAACUAUUAGCAAAAAACAUGCAUAAUCCAAAAAUGUUACUGCCUCUUCGAUCUCAGUAAAUCCAGUAAAUUUACAUAAAAAUGUUAUAACAAAUCUACUCAGAAUUUGUUACUGAUUUUAGUUCUUAUCUGUUAUGAUAUUGUGUGAACUUAUUAUAAUUUUACAUAAUAAAAGAAUAAAUUAUUUGAAAAAAUAUGUACAACUUGGCAAAGAGGCCCCACAAGGGAUUGUAAGGUCAUUUUCAACUUCUCGAGGAAGGUAGGGCGACUCUUUUAGAUUUUUUCAUUAUGCCUUUUGCAUUUGCAUAUCUUCCUCAUUCCAUUGAUGUGUUUUUUCUUUAACUGGCUGACCUCAAAGUUUUAGCCGGUGUGGCAUGCUGCUUAUGUUUUUUUGUUAGCCCAGCUCAUAAUGACUUUAAUGACUGACUCAUUUUCUGACAGCAUGGUAUCGAUUAAUCUUUCUGUUUUAUGUGAAAAUAUUCUCCAUAUUCUCUGGAUUUGUGGGUUAAGAGUAGUUUCAGCAUUGUUCUUUCUGCCACCUCUUAACUCCAUCGGUGAUGACAGGGACUACUGUGCAUGUCUCAACGCAUUGAGUCAUGGCAGCUCCUUCUCCUGCCUUCCUGGCAUAGGAAGGUCGUCAUUGGGUCCAUUGUUCCUGAGGGGAUCCCUGCCUCUGCUGAAGUACCUGCAGGGUUGGAGACACCUCUUCUGCUUUGCACGCACCCUCAUUAUCUCCUUCCUCGUUGUUGUCAUCUGCUGCCUCCUCGCCUUCCUCAUCCAAAACCUCAAUCUGGGAAGGAGAAGGUUACUCUCUGGCCCCCUAUGAAAUCUUGUCAUGAAUUUCUAGGGUCCUGCUUCAUCUUCGGAGUGAGCAAAGGGUUCUCUUGUCAGCUCUACCACACCUGAAGGUGCAAUUACUGGUGCGAAGGCCUAAUGUGCGAGUGGGUACCCCUGUUACUGCUCCCUUCACUAGUUUGAGAAACAUGCUUCCAAACUAGUGCUACGUUAGGUCCUCAGUCUGACUGAGAUGCCUUGAAUUACAAGGUUCUGUAGAGACUCGCACAUCCCAAUCUGCGUACGGUGGUCCCUGUCUCCAUACCAGGGAGGGCACAGGGUGAGAGAAAGAGAUGAGACACUCAGGUGCCUCUACUCUCCCUGCCAGUACUGUGAUCGGUACUUGGCCAGAUGCCGGAAUAGUGCCGUAAUGUCUAACUGAGCACCUGGAGAGACGAAGAGGAUGUCCCCUGUACAGACUCCUACAGGUGCUUCAGCCCUGAAGGAAUCUGGGGCACACCGUGAGAGGAAUGAAUGCCCUCGUCGGCAGGUCAUUCCUUCAACUCCUUCCAGUCCUCCAUCACAUGUGAGCGAGAGGAGCAACUCGGCCGAGCCAGAGUUGCAGCUCAGUGAUGGUGAGCCAAGGUCUCUGCCUGCCAUGUGAGAACUACUUUGCUUUUCUUGGGGUAGAGCCUCUCUUUAAAUAGAGGCAUUCUCUUACACCCAUAUUGCAAUCAUCACCAUGAGUUGGUGAUUGAAUGCGCCUCACCUCACCAAACCACUUGGUGGACAGGACAGGUGAGAGAGCUAGGUUUUCCUCACCUGUUCCCUCAACUUCUUGGAUUUUCUGGAAAGUGAGUUCGAACAGGUAGGACUCCACUGAGGGUUCUCAAAGGGGUCCUGCUCCUCAAACUUAAACUCCUGAUUCAGUCCUUGGACCAAGCAGGAAAUAUGCUGGAGGUGUUGAGGAAGGAUUCCAGGGGUCUGGCGAGGUUCUCAUUAGGGGAGAGUAGAUCAGGAAGCCUGCAAUUUAAAGAGACUCGAGGUCCUUUGUCAAAGAGGUGAAUAUUCCCAAGAUAUGAAGGACCUUUGAGGAGAUCAUAGCACUGAUCUGUCAGCACAAUGGUCUAGAGGAUGGAUGUACGACCUUGUCAGGAGAUCAUCCCUCUCCAAUGGGACUAAUGUGGUCUUCCCUUGCCAUUGGGGUCCUCAGUAAGAAAAGUCACUUGGUUUGAAUCCUCAGGCAAGUUGCUUCCUCCUCCUCUGCCUCACCGGAAGAGGUUAUUCUAACCUCUAAAGAGGUCGUUGUCAGCUAAAUAGGGGGACCUUGGUUUAGUUCGCCCAGAGGCAGUUUCCCUCUUGCAACAGCAAGCAGCAAUCCGGGUGGUCACCACUCUGGCUGUUUUCUAAGCUGUUUCCGGCCUUGAUCUGUGGUCUUUUAAGUUGGCUGAACUAACGGCUCACUUGAGGGCUAUUGUUUUGGAGGAGGGUUUGGUUUUAGGUAGACAGUGCCUGUCGGGAAGUAGAGCGAUUUCCUACCUAGCCUAUCAGACAGCAACCUGUGGCUAACCUGGUCCUUAAGAGGAGAGGCACAGUCUUGACUUGCCUGACCAGGACCUUGGGCCCCCAAGCUCGCUUUGACCAUAAGGAAUGGGCUGCGGCUGGGUUCCUCCUCUCUCUACUCUAGAGGCAUGUUAGGUGCUGAGGUGGACAAGUAUAGAGUCAUAGAUAAUGACCGCCUUGUCCAUCAGGCAGUGCUUAGGUCUCGAAGCCUUUGUGUGUCACUGUGGCCCAACCUUUAGGUCAGGCUGACUUUUUCAAGCCCUAGGGAAACUCACACUCUGAAGGGCACUAGAGGAAAUAAGCACUCCUUUCUAUUUUUGCUUAACCCUUAAACGCCGAUUGGACAUAUUAAAUAUCAACGAAAAUUGUCUGUUGGGUGCUGAAUUGACAUGCGAAACGUUGAUGCAAAAUUUUUUUUUUUAAAUUCGCGGAAAAAUAGUUAUAGGCCUACUUAUCGAAAACUUUUGAAUCACGCACCUUGAGGGAUGCUGGGGGUUCACGGAUCAAGCUGUUGUUUUGUUUACAAUCGUUACCCAGGCGCGCAAGCGCGAAUUUCUUUCAUCUCGCACUAAAAAGCAUCAGCGACGCAUCUCAGAAAUUAUUUCGUCACUUUGACAUAAUUUUUGCACCAUUUUAUAUUAGCCGUUACAUAAAGUUUUAUAUAUGAAAAUGUGCGCAAUUUUAUGUAAAAUACAACAAUAAACAACUCAUGGUUGUAGCUUUUAUCAGUUUUUAAAUAUUAUCAUAUAAAUAACGAUAAUUGCCAAAAUUUCAACCUUUGUUCAACUUUGACUCUACCAAAAUGGUCAAAAAACGCAAUUAUAAGCUAAAACUCUAUUAUUCUAGUAAUAUUAAAUAAUUUACCUUAAUUUUACAACAAAUUUGAAGUCUCUAGCACAAUAUUUCGAUUUAUGGUGAAUUUAUGAAAAAAACUUUUUCCUUAGGUCCGCACGGUAACUCUUCCUAAAAAAUCAGAAUGUUUUUUUUUCCGAUUGUCGUAAUGUUUGCACCGUUUUAUAUUAGCUGUUACAUGAAGUUUUAUAUGUGAAGAUGUGUGCAUUUUCAUGUAGAAUACAACAAUUAAACAACCCAUGGUUGUAGCUUUUAUCAGUUUUGAAAUAUUUUCAUAUAAAUAACGAUAAGUACCAAAAUUUCAACCUUUGGUAAACAUUGACUCUACCAAAAUGGUCGAAAACCGCAAUUGUAAGCUACAACUCUUACAUUCUAGUAAUACUCAAUCAUUUACCUUAAUUUUGCAACAAAUUGGAAGCCUCUAGCACAAUAUUUCGAUUUAUGGUGAAUUUAAAAAAAAACUUUUUCCUACGUCCACGCGGUAACUGCCGAAAAAAUCAGAAAUUUUUUCGUCCGAUUGUCGUAAUGUUUGCACAGUUUUAUAUUAGCCGUUACAUAACAUUUUAUAUAUGAAAAUGUGCGCAAUUUCAUGUAGAAUACAACAAAAAAACCCAUGGUUGUAGCUUUUAUCAGUUUUGAAAUAUUUUCAUAUAAAUAACGAUAAGUGCCAAAAUAUCAACAUUCAGUCAACUUUGACUCGACUGAAAUGGUCGAAAACCGCAAUUGUAAGCUACAACUCUUACAUUGUAGUAAUAUUCAAUAAUUUCCAUUUAUUUUACAACAAAUUGAAAGUCUCUAGCACAAUAUUUCGAUUUAUGGUGAAUUUAUGAAAAAAACAUUUUCCUUACGUCCGCGCGGUAACCCUUCCGAAAAAAUCAGAAAUUUUUCGUCCGAUUGUCGUAAUGUUUGCACCGUUUUAUAUUAGCCGUUACAUAAUGUUUUACAUAUGGAAAUGUGCGAAAUUUCAUGUAGAAUACAACAAUAAACAACCCAUGGUUGUAUCUUUUAUCGAUUUUGAAAUAUUUAUAUAUAAAUAACGAUUAGUGCCAAAAUUUCAACCUUCGGUCAACUUUGACUCUACCAAAAUGGUCAAAAAACGCAAUUGUAAGCUAAGAAUAUUAUAUUCUAGCAAUAUUCAAUCAUUUUUCUUUAUUUUGCAACAAAUUGGAAGUCUCUAGCACAAUAUUUCGAUUUAUGGUGAAUUUAUGAAAAAACUUUUUCCUUACGUCCGCGCGGUAACUCUUCCGAAAAAAUCAGAAAUUUUUUCGUCCGAUUGUCGUAAUGUUUGCACCGUUUUAUAUUAGCCGUUACAGAAAGUUUUAUAUAUGAAAAUGUGCGAAAUUUCAUGUAGAAUACAAAAAAACAACCCAUGGUUAUAGCUUUUAUCAAUUUUGAAAUAUUUUCAUAUAAAUCACGAUAAAUAGAAAAAAUUCGACCUUCGGUCAACUUUAACUCGACCGAAAUGGUCAAAAACCGCAAUUUUGAGAUACAAUACUUACAGUCUAGUAAUAUUCAAUCAAUUACCUUCAUUUUGCAACAAAUUGGAAGUCUCUAGCACAAUAUUUUGAUUUAUGGUGAAUUAAAAAAAAAAAAGAAAUUUUACG